GCAGCCGCGGCGCAGCGGCCGACGCGGGGUCCGCGCCCACCGUCGCCGGCCCGGCCUCCUCCGCGCUCGGCGCCCGCCCGCGCCUUCCUCCGCCCGCCCGGACUCCUCGGGAGCCCCAGGGUGAAUACUGCCUCUGCUGGGAAAUAGAAGAGUGUGAGUAGAAAUAUGCCCCCCAAGUUCAAGCGCCACCUCAACGAUGAUGAUGUUACUGGCUCGGUGAAAAGCGAAAGGAGAAAUCUUUUGGAAGAUGAUUCAGAUGAAGAAGAGGACUUUUUUCUGGGACCAUCUGGACCAAGAUUUGGACCUAGAAAUGAUCAAAUUAAGCAUGUGCAGAGCCAGGUGGAUGAAGUUAUUGAUGUCAUGCAAGAAAAUAUCACAAAGGUAAUUGAAAGAGGGGAGAGACUGGAUGAGCUGCAGGACAAAUCAGAAAGCUUAUCGGACAAUGCAACUGCUUUUAGCAACAGAUCGAAACAACUUCGAAGGCAGAUGUGGUGGCGAGGCUGCAAGAUAAAAGCCAUCAUGGCUUUGGUUGCCGUCAUCCUUUUGCUAGUGAUUAUCAUUCUUAUAGUUGUGAAAUACCGUACUUGAUUUGAUGACAGAGAUCCUCAUUAAACAAGAUCUGGGACAAUAAUAAUAAUAAAAGAUUGCUGCAUAAUUUAAAUGAAAUCUAUGUAUAUAACUUCCCAAACUUCUUUUUCAAGAAAUUAAGAGGCAAGUAUCCCUUCAAAUUGGAGCAUUGAGAAUGUCCAAUUAUUGUCUUUCCUUCUAACAAAAUCUCCUUUGUAUAAUUAUGUUUAAGGCAAAGAUAACUAUUUUGCUGUAUUCCAAGGAUCUAAUUUGAAGCUAGAUACUUGCCAGUUCAUUGUUGGUGUAUAUAGCUAAACAUUGGUGACAGUAUUUCAUACUAGUAUGUUAGUGAUAUAAGGACUUGAAUUACUGCAUCAAACGGGGGCAAGACUGGGGUCCGGAAGCCUCUGUUGAGUACCAAGUUAGUGUGCUAAACGCAGUGCGUAACACUUCCUCAGCACUUGCAAGAAUGCCCUUCUCUUCCUGUUGGAAUUGCUUUGCCAGCGCUUUCCACAUGUGUGUGGAGUUGUAACAAAGGCUAAAUGUUGUAAAUGUUUCUGUCUUCAACCAUCACUAAAAGCACUCCAGUAAACUUACUUUUGCUUGUAUAAGGGAA